AUGGCCCUCGGCGAGGCCGAGGGCGGAGUGGCUGCGGGGACGAGAGCAGAGGACAUCACCGAGGUGCUCAAAUCGGAGCGGGCCGGGCGACGCUUGCCGCUCAAGGAGGACGAGAUCACUGCCUCGGCCGAGCUGUUGGCGAAGUACGUGACUGCGGACGAGGUGUGGUCGAGCCUCGGUGAUGAGGACCUCUUCGGGGUGUACGCGGACACGUUUGCCCAGGCCAUCGGCAAGGAGCUGCCGCCCAUUCAGAUGGCUCUAGCCAAAAAGUGGUGGAUGGACGCUCGCCCAGCGCCUCGGGAGAAGGAGGCUGUGGAGGUGUCGUCACCACCGUUGGCCUGUAUAAGGUUUUCCGGAAAACAAAAAGGAAAACAGAGGGUCCCCAGCACUUUGCGUUUCCGGAAAUUUCCAGGGAAAACAGAGGGUGUUUGGUGCUCCAUUCUGGAACCUCGCUGUUUUCCCUGA